AUGGCUUCAGAAACAACUGCAGAGGGACUCGUCGGAUCGCUUCUCGAGACGCUUGCGCAGGACACCCAUAUUGAAUCGAAUCCACAGAUACAGCCAGAUACAUCAGCUGACAAGGCGCCCAUCAAAGUCUACAGCGGAGACAUCGAGGGACUCGAUGACGACGAUCUCGCACAGCUGCCUGAUGAAGUCCAGCCUGGCGCACGACCGCCGAAACCAGUCCUCUUCAACGGCACUCCCAUACCUGAUUUGCGCUUCGAACAGACCUACUUGACGGCACUCAACAGAACAGACUGGUCCCACUGGAGUGUCUUCCGCGUGACUCUCGUCGAUUUUUUGUUGUGGCCUAUGUUACAAGGCGCUGUAUGGGCAUUGGCCCUCAAUGGCUUCCGCUACUUGCGCACAUCAAGCAAUAGUCAAGGCAAGGCAUUCGGCCUGGUGAUUAAAGAUUUCCUUAAUAUUGGAGGGAUACUUGACUAA